AUGCUUGAAACGACCCAUGUCCUCAUUCUGGGGGCUGUUGCGGUACUGGGUCUCAUAGUAUUCCAGAGUCUCAAGCUGCAGCAUGACUCCCGUGAACCACCGUUUCUACCGAGCAAAAUCCCAGUGAUCGGUCAUCUUCUCGGGAUGAUGUUUCAAGGUCUUCCUUACUGGCAUAAAACUGCCAACGAGAAUCCGACGUAUGAAAUCUUCACCUUGAACUUGCUGUUCACAAAAGUCUAUCUCGUUUCUUCGACAGAAGUCAUUCGUCAGAUGCAACGCAAUCAGAAGACUCUCACCUUCGACCCUGUCAACAGAUUCAGUAUCAAUGCAUUCAGCGGUAUUGACAAUGAGGAAACGGUGCGCCUCAUCUGUAAUAAACACGAGGGUGGUUUCGGACUGGGCGCUGAAAUGAUGCACGCUAUGGCCCCGAAUCUAAUUGGAGACGCGCUGGACAAAAUGAACUCGAUCAUGAUGCAAAAUGUGAAGACAUAUCUUGAUGAACUUCGAGAUACUCCCAACCUGGAUCUAUAUCGAUGGGUCCGAAACAUGAUCACCGUUGCGAGCACUCGAGCAACAUAUGGUCCAUUCAACAACCCUUACAAUGACGCCGAAGUCGUCGAGGCCUUCUGGGAUUUCGAGAACAACUUGCACACCCUACUUCCCAACUUCCUACAAUGGCUGACAGCACGCAAGGCCUGGAAGGGGCGCAGAAAAGUGGCUCGCGCUUUCUAUGCUUAUUACAUGAAGCACGGCAUCAAAGAAGCAUCUUCAUUGACUAAAAUGCGAUACGAAAAGUCAAUGAAACAGGGCAUGAGCUUGGGAGAUUUCACGAAGCUAGAAGCACCUGCGCUAUUGGCCUUCGUAUCAAGCACCGUGCCAGCAGUAUUCUGGGCACUUUUCGAGCUGUUUUCAAACCCGCAGCUUCUGGCUGAUUUCCGGUCUGAGAUCAAGCUCAACGCACUUUCUAUCUCAGAGGACGGCACGCAUACAAUCGAUAUCACAGCCAUCAGGGACCACUGCCCACUUGCCCUGUCCUUUCUACAAGAAGUACUUCGUUGGCGUACAACUACAAUCACGCUGCGCUACAUCAUCGAGGACACGCUGCUCGGUGAUAGGUACCUUCUCAAAAAGGGGGCUUUAGCCUCAAUUCCAGCUAGUGCCAUCGGCAAACGCCCCAAUGUUUGGGGCGGUAGCGCAACGGUGUUCGAUCCGCGACGAUUCCUGCAGGCCGACCCUUCAAACGCUGCCUCGAAAGAGCCUCGGCGUACCGGCGGAUUUACGGCAUUCGGCAUGGCGCCUGUUAUCUGCCCCGGACGCCAUUUUGCCAGCACGGAGAUCCUGGGCGUUGCGGCCAUGAUGGCGUUGCGGUAUGAUAUCGAUCCUGCUGGCAGUGUCUGGAAAGUUCCCCCAAUCAAUACGAUGGCCAUUGCUUCCAGCAUGAGUCCCGUGAACGGCGAUUUCCCUGUCAACGUAAAGGUACGGGAGGAGUAUGAAGGAACCAAGUGGCUGUUCCAUUUCGAGGCAGGUCAGGGUCAGUUUUCACUUAAUGUGGGAUAG